UCCUAAUCUCAAUAGUUGUCAACUUCAUCUCGGUUUAUACGACAGAACGACGCUUAUUUCUGCUGAUUUCUGCCAGAUUCUUUCGUUUCGAGCAAAGACGCGUCAAAUAAGCUUAAUUUUAUUGAUUUUUAAGCUGCGAGACAUAUAACGUAUAACCACCGAAACUCCUUGAAGGCGCAUAACUCCUAUAAAUCCGUGAUAAUAACUUAAAAGAACGAAAUCGAAGAAUAAAUUACUAUCCAUAAGAGAAAAAAGAACAGCAGGAAAUUGGAUACAAACACAGAGUUAUGGAAGUGUUUCUUAACGCCUCAAAAAUCGCAUUGUCCAGGUUGUCAGUGUAUCAAACAAUUCGUGUCGUCUUGGGAAAUCCAACAUGCGACUUGGAUUCUGCUAUAUGUACUUUGAUCCAAGGAUUAUUAGAGUAUAGUGAUACCGAGAGACAUAGAUUUACCGAUAUUGCCGUAAUACCAGUCAUGAAUAUCCCCGAAAAAGAAUUUCGUAUUAAGACAGAAGUUGUUUACAGCCUGAAGUCUCAUAACAUCCCACUGAACUUGUUAACGUUCAGAGAUCAGAUUGAUUUGCAAAAUAUACAGAAUGAUGCCAACAAGAAGCUGGAGCUGAUUUUAGUUGAUCAUCAUAUUCUUGCUGACGAAGAUGUCGAGUUGAAGCCUUCAGUUGUAAUGAUCAUUGAUCAUCGCCCAUUGGAUCCAGCCUGGUCAUGGCCUAAUAUACCAUUAAAUAUAGAAAUUGUUGGAAGCUGUGCCACUCUUGUUGCACGGAAUGUCCUACAGAAGAAUCCAGAUAUGCUAGAUAUACAACUCUCGAGUCUCUUGCGAGGUCCGAUAUUGAUCGACACUUAUAAUAUGUCUGAUGAAGCUGGUCGAGCAACUGCUACUGAUGUUGAUGUACUAAAUACUCUAGAGCAAAUAGGUAGACUUAUAUCCGACCGAACUGAUAUAUUUAAAAAGAUUAUGCAUGCAAAAACAGACAUCAGUGAUUUGACUCUUGAAGAACUUAUGAUUAAAGAUCUAAAAGUAACGAAUAGAAUACCUCUCGUUGGAUUUUCCCUUUUAGUAGAGGAAUUUCUUGUGCGGGAAAAUGCAAAAGAGGUUGUUGAACGGUUUGCUAAUGAAAGAAAUUGUAAUGUCGUUGUUCUUAUUGGGCAGGACGUCAACAGAGAACGUGUAGCUAGAGAUAUUGCAAUAUUUUCAACAUUGUGUAAUCAAUUGGCGAACAAUAUAAUUCAAGCGUUGCUUGAAUCUACUCAGCCAUCUCUAAAUCUCAAAUUAAUUAAAGAAAUUCGAGAAGAGAAAUGUAGCCUCUAUUUGUACAAACAAGGAAAUGUGAAGGUAACACAAAAAUGUAUUCUUCCACUUGGCAUGGAAGAAGGAAAAAUCCCAGACGAAGCAAUCACUGCGUCCUCUAGUUACGAGAUGAAAUCCGUCGGCCCUCAAAAUGCGAGAAUACGGCAGGAAAAGAACGGUGGUGCUUGGUGUCCAAAGGCUCAAAUUAGUAGCGCCAUACGCGAAUACCUGGAAAUCGAUCUGACGAGAGAUCACCUUAUUACAUGGACCGAGACCCAGGGAAGAUUCGGUAAUGGUCAAGGUCAAGAAUAUGCCGAGGCAUUUUUUCUAGAAUAUCGACGGCACGAAAAGUGGCAUCAGUACAAAGAUUUAAGAGGGAACAAGGUUCUACGUGGCAAUAGCAAUACAUAUCUAGUUGAAAAACAGAAGUUAGAUUUACCAUUCGUAGCAAGUCGAGUGAGAUUUGUUCCUUACAGUCAGCAUCCUCGCACUGUAUGUAUGCGUGUCGAGAUUUACGGCUGUAUCUGGAAUCAAGACAUUGCUAGUUAUACCGCGCCUAAAGCUGAUACAGAUGGACCUAAUGGGUGUAAUGUUGAGGAUACGUCAUACGACGGCACGGAAAUUGAGAAUUUAAUGUUAAACGGUCUAGGACAAUUAACCGACGGCAUAGUCGGUAACGAAAUAGAAAUCCUGGAAUCCAAUAGAGUAACCAACUGGGUCGGAUGGCAUGAUCGAGAUAAUAUAGAAUUAUUCUUUGAAUUCCAAUUUUCUCGGAAAUUUAGAAAUUGUACAAUUCAUGUAGCCAAUCUGCCCGAUCUAAGUAUUGAGAUGUUCUCCAUAAUCAACUUUUGGUUUUCAUCGGAUGGCAAGGAAUAUCACGAAACACCGGAAACGUUUCAAAUGUUUAAUGAGCCUAAGAUCAAUAUUAUUUCUAGUAACAGUAAUAAAAAGGAUGGCAAAAGUAAAAAAAGCAUCGUGAUAUCUAUUCCAUUGCAAUCAAGAUUCGGCAAAUUUGUCAAGAUGGACAUAAAACCUCAAUCAAAAUGGUUGCUGCUAAGCGAGAUUACGUUUGAGACAGUUCCAGAUGCAAAGAACAACACUGACGGAGCAUUGGCACAUUUGUCAUGGAUAUAUGCGAAUAAUAACGAGAAUAUAUCCCAAGUAAUCAAUCAGGAUCAAAUCGGGAGAAUGAAACAGAUCGAGGAUAAAGAGAUUAAAGGGGAGAUUGGCGACCUAGAAAUUGAAACUGACAACAAGAUCAAAGGAGAAGCUGGCGAUGGGAGGAAGAUUAAUAUUCAACAUGGAGGUAUAAUGAUGGAAAAACCGAAAACUGACUUAAAUGAAACAACGUUGGUGUUAAACGAGUCGAACUUAACGCCAGAUGCUUUUCCCGUGAACAAUUCGCCAACAUAUAUUGGACUAAUUAGUGCUGCAUUGACUAUAAUUGUCUUUUUUUUGGGUUGUACGAUCUUUCUAAUAAAACAAAGAGGUCGCAACAAAGUAGCUCUAUUGCAAAAGCAUACCGCAUUAUUAUGUGGCUCACCAGCGCCUGGUAUCACGAUCAAUACGAAGGAUAUCAAAUUACCCACACCGAUCGUGAUAAACAAUCUAUCACAAUCUCGAUUAUCGUUGAAAAGCAAAAUUACUUCAAACAAUGAUUACAAAUUCGGUGAUGUCGAUACGAGCGAGCAACAUAGUAUUUAUGAGAAAAUUAAUAAAAUAUCCCCGCGACCAUAUGUCAAAUGUGAAGCGAGAUCCAAUUAUAAAAUAGAACAUUUUGAUACUAAAACUAGCGAAGAUUUCGCUGAUGAAGUGGAAUGUAUAGUGCCAACGAUGUCGAAAAAACUGAGUCACUCGCAAACGGGAAAAAUGAAUCAAAGAGUAUAUGAGAGUUAUUAUGCGGCUACGGACAUCUUGACGAUUAAAAGACGCGAUCAGCAUCCCGUUGUGAGUCUUUUCACGCCGCUACUCAUUCGGGAUUCGAUCGUGUCGUACAAACGUGGGACUUAUAAUGUUCCGCGUAUCUCUCGGCACAGAUUAAGAAUUCUCGAUAAGCUCGGCGAAGGAAACUUCGGUUUGGUACAUUUAUGUGAAGCAAAAGGCAUACAAAAUCCGGAUCUAGGCAUCCUUCUAAACCGUCAAGUAGUUAUAGUUCGGUCCUUAUGGCGCGGCGUGGUUGACGCUUUAAGGGAGGACUUUAUGAACGAUAUGCACAUCUUGGCUGAAAUACGAGAUGUCAAUAUUGCCAGGAUAAUCGCGAUAGUUGAGGAGGAACCUUUUAGUGCCAUUUUCGAAUAUGGAGAACUCGGGGAUUUAUCAAGUUUUCUAAAAAGUCACGAACGCGAUACACAGAUAAGUUACGAGUGCUCGUUGAAUUUGGUGACGCAAAUUGCUUCAGGUAUGAAAUAUCUCGAAAGUUUGAACGUACCACAUUGUGAUCUAGCAGCCAGGAAUUGCAUCGUUUGUAAAGAUCUGUUGAUUAAAGUAUCCGAUCAGGCCAUGUACUGCAAUAAAUAUGACAACGAAUAUUACGUCAACGAAUGCUACGCGAAGAUACCAUUACGUUGGAUGGCAUGGGAAGCGGUCUUAUCGAGAAAACAAAGCUGUCAAUCCGAUGUUUGGUCGUAUGGCGUGACGGUUUGGGAAGUGUUAACGCGCUGCGAAGAUGUACCGUACGCCGACAUGACUUCAGAACAGGUGUUAGAGAACUGUGGCCUAUGGUACUCGGCAUUGGACAACGGCAGUAAGAAGAAAUGUCCGCGAAUUCUCGAGCAGCCGAUGUUGUGCACGGAUGAUCUGUACCGGCUGAUGCUGCGAUGUUGGUGCAAACUUGCGGAGGAUCGACCCAGUUUCCAGGAGAUUUACUGCUACCUCAAGAAGCUGACUCUGGAUUAAGUGUAUGCAAAUGUGAACGCAUCUCUGCCGAAAGAGAAUACGAAAAACGAUCCAUGCUCCAGCAGCAGCGGCGGCGCGGACCAAAUCGAUUACAAUCAGCUAAGAAGCAUCCUGAACUCUUUCUUAAUCGCUUUCGCAAGUGGCUCGAAUUAAUUCGUGAAUUGAAUCGAAUCGAGAAGUCGUAAAUGCCUAAACACGACAAUGUAGGAUGCUCUUUGGCCACUAAAAUUACUGCUCAACUAGAUUUAUCUAAUUUUGAUUAUAUAAAUAAGGGUAGGCUAAUAACGUAAUGAUAAAGAUUCAAUGCGGCGGAUAAUCGCAAGUUUCUCGUACAAUCUUCUACGCGUAUGUCAAGAAAUAAUCUGAAAAUAAAUCUUUCAAUGAUUAUUUCCGUAACAAUCAGUAUUCCACGAGAAAUACGUGAUUUCGCGAGCAAGAGAGAUUCAUCUAUUUACUAAUUUAUUACUUUACAUAUCUUUCCUACGCUUAUACAUAUAUAUAUUAUAUAUAUACA